GGGUAAAAAGGUAAAAGUCAGAAAAAAUGUUCAAGUUUUCUUCCAGGUGUUUAAACAUGGGUCUUGGAGAUGUAUAUGUUAAAAAAGUUUUCGACACCGUUUCUUCCAAGUACGACUUCAUGAACGAUGUUUUAUCGCUUGGAAUUCAUCGUCUAUGGAAAAAUCAUUUUGUAGAAAAUUCUGUCCGACCAGUUUUGGGUGCGAAAUUUUUGGAUAUUGCUGGAGGGACUGGUGAUAUUGUCUUCAGAAUUAUGGACACUAUACGUCGACAAGAACAUAUUUUCGGGUUAACCCCCAGAAGUUUAGAAGGAACUCAAAUAGUUGUUUGCGAUAUUAAUAAAAAUAUGCUUGAAGAAGGUGAACGAAGAGCCAUUCGUGAGGGAUAUUUUGAUAUUAAUUGGGUUUGUGGGAGCGGUGAGGAACUACCCUUUGAGGAUGAACUUUACGAUAAUUGCACAAUUUCUUUUGGGAUUCGAAACUUUAGUGAUCGUCCCAAAGCUCUACGAGAAGCUUUUCGAAUUUUGAAAGUCGGGGGUGUGCUAAGUAUUCUUGAAUUUAGUCAUGUCACAUUUUCACCACUAAAAAUUCCAUAUUCUAUUUGGCUAAGUGGAUUUUUACCUCAGGCUGGACGGCUACUUGCCGAUGAAGAAAGUUAUCGUUAUUUGGCUGAAAGUAUACGUUCUUUCCCGGAUCAAGAAACUUUUGCACAAAUGAUUCAGGACGCGGGCUUUAGUUUUGUCCGCUACGAAAAUCUUUCUGGAGGAAUUGCUUGCAUUCACACAGCAGUGAAAACAGGUCCAUUAAACUCAAAAGUUGAAAAUACAUGAUAUAUGCCGAAAUUUGAGCAGAAUGGGAUGCUGGACUCAGAUGCAGAGCCCAAGAUUGUGUAAUUAACAUCCAUUAUUUCUGUAUGUCUAUUGUCAUUUAAUCUAUCAGGCUUGAACUUUCUAUAUUUUACUUAAUUAUCAUGAGAAAAAAAAAUAGUGAAUAAUAAUACUUAAUAGGGAACCAGAAAAUAUUUAUUUUCUUAUUGUUAAGUUUUUCACUCUCCUUCAACAACUACGCAAUCUUCGUAUUAUCUGGACUAGCAAAUAUAUACAUGGAUCUUGUCAUCAUUUUUUUUUUGAAUGAA